GCGCGGGCCCCCCGACAACCCCACUCUCCCCCGCCCCCGAACCCUGGACCCCGAACCCAGGACCCUGACCCCUCGGGCCUGAGGCGGGGGCGGCGAUGGCGCCGGUGGCAUCAAGGCUGCCGGCCUAGGGGCUCGGAACGCUCCAGCGGCGGGCGCUAGCCCUGUACCUGCGCCUCCUGCGGCUCCACCCCAUGCUCACCAAGGCGGCCACCAGUGGCAUUUUGUCAGCACUUGGGAACUACCUGGCCCAGCUAAUUGAGAAGAACCGGAGAAAAGAAAAACGCUCUCAAAACCUAGAUGUCAUUGGACCGCUCAGAUAUGCCAUUUAUGGGUUCUUCUGCACAGGGCCGCUGAGCCACUGCUUCUACCUGCUCGUGGAGCGCUGGAUCCCUGCCGAGGCCCCCCUGGCAGGUGUCCAGAGGCUGCUCCUGGAGCGCGCCCGCUUUGCGCCGGCCUGCCUGCUGCUCUUCUUCCUGAGCAUGGACCUCCUGGAGGGAAGAAGCAUGGCCGCCUUCUCCACCAAGAUGAGGGAAGGUUUCUGGCCAGCGCUGCGGACGAACUGGGAAGUCUGGACACCCGUGCAGUUCAUUAACCUCAACUACGUCCCUCUGCAGGGCCCCGGACACAAAUCAGAGACCCAGCAUAUUGCUGCACUCCUAACCGAGACUGAGGACACACAGCUGGAUCCUGGGGGAAGGCGCUGCAGUCUGCAGGAACCCGGGGUGCCCACACACUCUCCCCUAAAGGCGCACAGCGGGCCCUCUCCCCCAACCCCGUGCCUCGUUUCUGCCGAGCUGGUCAGUGCCGGGUGCUUUUUGCCAACCUGGUGUCUCCUCUGGUAUGCCUACCUUGCCUCUCUGAGGAAGGGAGGAUGGCCUGGGGAGAAUGCCAGAUGCACAGAACAGUCCGGGAAGUAUCCUCCGCUGGCCAGCAUGUGAGAGCAGAAUCAGCAAGCCAGGAAUUUAUCUGACUUUAAAUCAUGUGAUUCAAGAUGCCCUAAGUGAUGGCUAGAGAAAAAAAAUCUCCUAAUGUUGGAAUCCCAUGUUUUAAAAGGCAGCGGCUGACUCCAGCUGUCCUUGAAACUUAACUACAGUGGAGACAAUUUCCAUAAUCAUGCUGGACUGAAAUGGGAUCACAAUAAACUAUAUUGCAGCUUCUCUGGUGAUUUUAAUUUCUCAGAAUGACUGUUGCUCUGGAAGAAACGGGUGGUCAGAAGGCUGUCCACAGACUUUGAAAGAACUAUUUUUUCUUUUCAGCAUCUAUGGGAUGGGGUGAGGUAGGUCCCAAAGGAAGAGGCUUAGGGCAGAAGGAAAAGUAGCAAAUGCCUCCUGCAGUUGCUGUGGAUGGACAGAUACUGGCUGACCGUGUUGAUAUCAGAACCCCACUCUUUUUCCUGGCUGGCAUGGCUGGGCCCCGUUUCAUUUAUCCGCUCACCUGUCAGUGGACAUGUGGGGUACUUUCACUGUGAAUAAUGCUGAUUUGAACCUUGGUGUGUGAGAGCUGAGAGGGCUCUUCUCACCGAGCUGCCUCAGGAGCCGUCAAAGCUGCACCCGCUCCCGGAAAACCAGGCCGUGGAGCCGAGCAGUUGAGAGGUGUGAGGGUGGCCCGAGAGCAGACCAGUAGCUCAGGGCAGACAUGGCAACAGGAAUGUGUACUCGUGAGAACUUAACUUCCAAUAAAAGGGCACUUCCAAUCAGUAGGGAAGGUGUGGACGGUUCAAAAGAUGAUACUGGAGAAACGGGCUAUCUAUCCAUCUGGGAAAAAAUAGACAAGAUGCUCAGUUCACAUCAAACACAAAAAUAAGCUCCAGAUGGGAUAAAGGAUUUAUAUAUUAAAAAGUUGUCUAUGAAAGUAUUAUAAGGAAAUAUAAGCAAAUGGGUCAAAUAGCAGGUCGGACUUUCUCAAAUAAGCCAUCAAAACGGAGAUUUGGUACAGGAGACAAUCAAUAGAUUUGAUCUCCUAAAAUGAAACCUGGAGAACUUAGCAGAAAGAAUAGCAAGACUCCGGACUGUCAUCUACCGGGAAACAUAAAGUCAGGGGAGUGCUGGUGGCUGCCCCUGAUCUGAAGCCUAGUAGUGAGGUCUCCACCCAGAGACCGUGAAGUGUGGGCCCUGCAGGUGGGGGACACGGAGGACAAUUGUCCGACACUCACCUGUAAGUCAAGUCUGCAGGCAGGACCUGGACAAAGCAGCUGUCACGAAGAAAAGAACCUGACCCAGCACUGCCUCACCGGGGCGGGCAGCAUGCAAAGGGGCCCCAUGCUGGGAGGGGGGAAAAAUGAACUUGACAUUACAUUUGGAGGUUUUCACUCUACUAAAUAGGAUCGAUAUUCCAGUGCCCAAACUGAGGCUGUAUUUUGUGACUUCAGGAAACUGCAGGGCUUUGGUUUCCUAAGAAUAGCAGGGAUGUCAGGAGGUGCUGGGUUGUCAUCUGGAGCAGAAGGAGGACUCCCCGCUGUGAAUAAACUUUAAAGAGAAGUGGGAGACAAAAAUAAAAUAAAGCUGCCUUCUGGAUGCACACCCGGGAUUCUCGUUUAAGCCGACCAGUAGCGCCAUGGGCUGGACAGGGGAUCGCUCGAGGCCAAGAGACCCUCUGUCUGUGGGGCAGACCUGCAGAGGCUGGUGGGUGUGUGACCCUUGCUCACGCAGACGUUCAGUGACUGUAGUGCAUCCAGUUGUAAGAUGCACCCCAACAGCAACAGUGUCCCAGGACCUGCAGCCAGGCCCGCUGGUGGCUAUUCUCAUUGCUUUGCCUCUCCCUAUAAAUCUUAGAGUCACUUCCCCCAUCCCUCCAGAAAGUCCUGCCGAGGCCAUGAGAAACCACAGGUCAACCUGGGGAGUCCUGGCAACUUGCCCCAGUCCAGGGCCAUGGCCUCCCUCCACCCACAGGCCUCGCUGGGAGGACAGGACCGGACAGUGGGUGCCAAGAUGCAACCCGGCUCCGCUCCACCACGUUUCCAGCAGCUUUUUUAAUUAUGCCAUCCGAGAAUAGAGACAAUUUAUAUGCCUUUUAUUUCUCUUGUCAAAUGUUCAGUUUGCCACAUGUACUUGCAUGAAAUUUGAGGAUUUCAUGGUUUUGCUCCAUCAGUCUGUUAAUGUGGUGAAUCACAUAGAUUGAUUUUUAAAGGUUAAGCCAGCCUUGCAGUCCACAUUUAUAUAUUGUUAGAUAAUCAAUUGUUACUAUUUGGCUGAAGUUUUCCACAUCUGUGCUCACAAACAAUGCUGGUCUGCAGCUUUCUUUGCUUGUAAUGUCUUCAGUAUCGGGACAAAGGUGCCCUCAUUAAAUGAGUUGGAAAGAAUUCCUUCCUCUUCUGUUUCCCGAGGAA